GAUGGUUGUUCAGCAGGGAGCACGAACAAUGCAUAUCGUCCUCCUCGUUCUUACCAUACUCCGCCUCGCCAGCUCAAGCCCUCCGCCGGAUCCGGUAUGGUGCUCAAAUGGCAUGUCUGAUUGCACCAUCACCAACGCUCAUGGCUCCUUCUCAGACCGCGGCAUCUGCCGCGCGGCCAACGCCUCGUACCCACACACGGAGGAGGAGCUCCUUGCAGCUGUGGCGGAUGCGGCUGCGGCCAAGCGGAAGGUGAAGGUCGCCACCAGGUACUCUCACAGCUUGACGCCGCUGGCCUGUCCGGGCGGCCGCGACGGCACGGUCAUCAGCACCCGGUGGCUGAACCGGACGGUGCGGAUCGAUGCCGAGAAGCAGCUCUUGACCGUGGAGAGCGGUAUGGUCCUGAGGGACCUGAUCCGAGUCGCCGCCGCGGCGGGGCUCGCCCUGCCGAACUCGCCGUACUGGUCCGGCAUCACCGUCGGCGGCCUCCUGGCAACAGGUGCGCACGGGAGCUCUCUGUGGGGCAAGGGCGGCGCCAUGCACGAGUACGUGGUCGGGCUUAGGAUCGUGACGCCGGCGCCAGCAAGCCAGGGUUUUGCCGUGGUUAGGGAGCUUGGAGCUGACCACCCGGAUCUGGACGCGGCCAAGGUCUCCCUUGGUGUUCUUGGUGUCAUAUCUCAGGUCACUCUGGCGUUGCAGCCUCUGUUCAAACGGUCGGUCACGUUGGUGCCACGUGACGAAUCGGACAUGGUGGAGCAGGUCGCCCUGUGGGGCGGCCUCCACGAGUUCGGCGACAUCGUAUGGCUCCCGCAGGAUCGCAAGGUCAUCUACCGCGAGGACAACCGCGUCGACGUUUCGACCCCGGGCAACGGUCUUUUCGACUUCCACUUCUUUUGUUGGUCGCUACCAGCACACCAGAUCAUCGCCAUGGGAGUUGAAGAGAGGCGCAUGGAGGAGAACGGCACCGACGCCGCCCGGUGCUCGGCGGGGCGGCGUUCAGCCAAGUUCGAGGAGCAGGGGCACGGCGGCAUCUUCACCAACGAUGGCAUCUCCUUCACGGGGUACCCAGUGGUGGGGUACCAGCACCGGAUGCAGGCGUGCAGCGCGUGCAUCGACAGCCCCGAGGACGGGCUCGAGACGGCCUGCUUCUGGGACCCGCGCAUCCGGGGCCCUUCCUUCUACAACUCAGCCUUCAGCGUCGCGCUCUCCAGGGCGCCGGCGUUCCUCGCAGACGUGCAGAGGCUCCGAGACCUCGACCCGACCGCGUUCUGCGUGCUGCACAGCUCCAUAGGCGUGUCCAUGCGCUACGUCAGGGCCUCCUCCGCCUUCCUCGGCAAGGCGGAGGACUCCAUCGCCGUCGACGUCCUCUACUAUCGGAGCCACACGCCCGGCUUGCCCCGGGCGCACGCUGACAUCGUCGACGAGCUCGAGCAGAUGGCGCUGCGCAAGUAUGGAGCCUUGCCACAUUGGGGCAAGAACCGCAACUUCGCCUUCGACGGUGCGAUCGCCAAAUACCCCAAGGCCAGCGAGUUCCUUAAGGUCAAGGACAGGUACGACCCGCACGGGAUCUUCUCCAGCGAAUGGAGCGACCGGUUGCUGGGCAUCAAGGGCAGCCCCAGCAUGGAGAAGGGUUGCGCCAUUGAAGGUCUCUGCGUCUGCUCCGAUGACUCGCAUUGUGCGCCGGAGAAGGGCUACUUCUGCCGGCCGGGAAAGGUGUACACGGAUGCCAGGGUUUGCAGGUUCGACGCCCCUGCCACGCGGAUUAGUGAUGAGCUAUGAACCAACCCAUUGCAUGCCGAAUGGAGAUGCCAGUCAUAAAUACUUCGAAUAAU